GGGUAAAGUUUUGACAUUAGGAGAAAUAGAAAGAGCAAAGGAAGCACCUUUUAAUCCUUCCGUAUUUGGUGAGACAUUAGAUUUUAUAAUGAAGCUUCAAAGCAACUUCUACCAAAAUUUAAAAUUACCACGCAUUUUACCCUUUCUGGCGAAUGCGAUUAUUGAGUUGAAUGGUCAAGCUUCUGAAGGUAUAUUUCGUGUACCUGAUGCGAAUGUUCCGGCUUCACUGUUCAAAUUUUGGUUACGAGAUUUAGCUGAUCCACUAAUACCGAGUGAUUUUUAUAAUCCAUGUAUACAAAAUUGUGAAAAUAAAGAUUCGGCAAUUGUACUUAUUAAAAAUUUGCCUGAAAUUAACAGAAGAGUUGUUUUGUUUGUGAUUGAUUUUUUGCAG